AUGCCGCCCAAUGGUCUCUACACCAUUCCGCGUCACCAUGGGUACGGGUAUAACGUAUCGCAGUCGCGCCAGACGUUCAGCACUACGGAUUUCGACGACGACGGUAAUGACAAGGAUGACUUUUCUACAGUAACCAAUUCAACGAAGAAACAUUCGCGUAGGAAAGAUCGAAAUUUUUGGAAAGAGCGAAGUGAAAAGAAGAAGCAUAAAAGCGAGAAGAAAUACCGCAAGCGAGAAAUCGCAGUCUCAGCCACUGGGGACAAGUCUGAAAAGGGACGCGAACUAAUCGGAACUAGUUUGGUCGACCAGGCUUCUCCGUCUGUCGCAGCUACUCCUACGAAGAGCGAUAAGAAGACGGACAACAUUAGUAAUAACCUACAAGUCUCGAUAAAGAAGCGAAAGCGGGCUUCAACAGUUGCCCCUGAGACAAAGUCACAUGUAAAGGGUGGGAGCACAGGAGGAUUCUUGGUUGGGGCUCACAUGGUUGAGGAUAUGAAGAAGAGCAUGAACGAAUUUGGCGGUGGAUUGCUCUCUGUGUCUCAGCCGGACUCGUCCGAUGCACCUACAAAUCGGCUAAUUAUGAUGGAAGCCCUUAGAAACCACAGUUACAUGCCUGAAGAGACAAGAGCAAGCCCCAGCGUUGGUACCGGUAAGGUUGAGGUAGGAGGGUUAAGAGGAAAGAAACCUAAGAGGAAGAGCGAAGAACUUACCAAAGGCAAGACGACUGGUGUUACACUAAACGCCAACGGUAUUGGAGGCUCCCCCAAUCUCAAGAUUCCUCGCAAGUCGCCGAUUCCCCUUCUUUCCUCAUCACAUAUUUCCUCAUUCAAUAUCGUAGCAAAGGCCGAGAAAAAGCGCAAUACUGCCCAUGACGUAUCGGAUGUAUUGGUGCCUGAGACACCCCCGACCUCAAUUGGCAAAGGGGUGCUUCCAAAUUUUCGAAAGACUCCCGUACCAUUCCCGUCACUUCUUCAAACUGGGAAUUCCGCCCCAAAGAAGAUCGAAGACCCACGGCUGAAGGAUAAACAUCACUCAUUUACUCUUGAGGAGAACACCAAUCUAUCAUCACAUACCUCUGUUAAGACGCCGAAGCCUCAUAAAGUACGUCGAAAGUCUGAGGCGCCAUUUCCUUUCACCCCAACGACGCUUGACAGAAUGAUCAAACCUCUCUCUGGGAGUGAGCCGAGACCGAGACUGCACUCGAAACAAUCCUCCCGAGCAUCUUCGGCCAUAGCUUCGCUUCCAUCUUCGUCCGAGUCGUCUGUCGACCUCCCGAAUGGAUAUGAGCGCGUUGGUAAGCCUUAUGCUCGAUCUGGAGCCGGAAUCGAUGCAUUCGUGAAACCUGAGAAGAGGAGAAGAAAAGCCCGCGAGUCCCAUGAAGAGGCGCCAUUCAACGUCUUCGCACAGAAGUUUGCAGAGGUGCAAAUUGCUGUGAACUUUUCUGAAGAGCAAGAAUAUCUCCACGAUUAUAUGGCCUGGCACCAAGCUAACAUCGCCGACGUGCCUCUUCCGUGCCUAGGUACUGCCAGCGGUUGCACGCCGAAGAAAGAGGAAAUCGUCCGUAUUGGAAAAGAGAAGAAUCUCAACGUAUUGGCUCUCCUUGAGAAGGACCAUGAAGAAAAUUCCUUAGGCGAAGCAACCAAACGCGUCAGACAGGCUGAAGGCUUCUUGAAAACAACUAUCCUUGCCAAGGUGCCAGUGCCUGUUGGUAGGAUCGAGGGGGUCUGGGCUUUGUAUUGCCCCCAAUAUGCAGAGCACCACUUUGAUCGUUACGGCUAUGGCAUGCGCACCUUUCACAUCUCUACUAUCGCUGGCUUCAAGAACCAGAAUGUGUUCACCGCGCGUCUUAGCAUUCCUCCACGACCGACGUCGUUUUCCUUACUCAGCUUUUCGCCGCCGCCGCAUGCGUCGUUCCGCACGAUGACCAUUCGGACAGCUGCAGAGGAAUACAAGAUGGAGCUUACAUUCCUAGGCAAUGGUUACUUGCAGCUAAGAGUUGACUUAAACUUGCUGCUGCGCGGGAAGCCAACGGAAAUGGUAGGUGGGAAGAAAGUGUGGAUGGAGUUUAUGGGAGUGCAUGAGAAGGCGCUACAGUGGGCUGAGAAAAGGGAUGAGCUUGAGGAGGCAGGCAGGAAGUAUUUCGCCAAGUAUGGAGGUGUGGAUGAUGAUUGA